AUGACUUCCACAUCCAAUACCGAGGGCACUGAAGAUGUUAAUGAUUUCCUCCUUCGCAUCCGGGAACUAGGAGAAAAGCGUGACAAGGAGGACGAAGAACGCACGAAGAAGUUGGAGGAAGAAAUCUUGAAAGGGCGACGGGAAAGACAGGCGAGAAGAGCUGAGCGGGCCCGGUCGAUUUCUCCGACGAAGGACUCCCCUCUGUCGGAUCCCGCUCGCUUUAGCAUGCCACCUGCCACUUCUAGCCAGCGAGUGAUCGAUCCGCCAGAACAACUCGAGCCAACUUGUUACGCACCUGAACGUGAGACUACACCUAAAUCGUAUUACCUCCGGGACGACGAAUCAGUUACUACUGCUGGUAGCCGAAGAGGGUCGAGGGUAGAAGGAAACGAAAUCGACACGUCCCCGAGGACAUCUCCUUUGCGGAGUAGAGCUGGGACCUUAUCCUGGCAGCAACGGCCGACAUCGCGAGAUCUUGGUAGUAGUAGGUCUUUCUUUUCUGGUUCCUCUGCUCGCGAAAACCGCUGGAGGGCGAUGUCCACGACUUCAAAUGACGAACCUGUGACGCCUCAGAGUCCGAGUGCGCGGUCUCCCUCGGCUAAAGAAACUCCAUCGUUAAACCGAGCAGAACGUAACCUCCCUUCUCCAACGUGCAUGAAAACUACGGAAGAUGGCCUGCAUGAAACCUCCUUGGAUUUGAACACCGAAGAGCCAAGGCCCGAUAAGGAAAGCAAUACAGAACCGGAAAAGGAAACCAACCUUCAAGACAUUCCUGAAUCUCGGUCACGGUCGCCAUCAAGAGCAAGCUCGAUAUUCGCAGACAGCACUGUGAGCCAUCGAUACUCAAGUGUAUCUUCCAUGUCGACGGCAACUGGUCUUGGCUCUCCAGUUCCUUUAUCGAGCGCACAGAAAUUGGAGCCUCCGAAAGUCGAGCAAUCUCCAGAGGAUCAGACGACGUCCCCUAUCUUGCCCAGGCGACUCUCUCCUGAGCGUUCAACGUCGCCAACGAAGGGUCUCGGAGGCUUUGUCCAAAGUGCCAUGAUGAAACGAUCGGAUAGUGUUUCAAAACGGUGGAGCGCUCAGCUCCCGUCGGGACUUGCACGGGGAAACACAAUCGCCGGCAGUCGCAAUAGUUUUGCCGCGUUUAGUAGUAGGGAUUGUUUCUCUACUAUGUCGGCCUCUAGACUGAGCAGGGAAGGCCCCCUAUUACCGACCCACCGACCGAGCUCUAGCCACAGCGAAGCAACAGUCGUUCAUAACACAAAGGACAACGAGCGCCAGGUGAUGCCUUCUGGGCCCAGCAGUAACUUCAAUACGCUGUCAGAUGAAAGCCCCAGUAGGCUGCCUCUCGCCCUUAACAGUAAUUCUUCCAUUACAUUGGACAGUGAACGCCCAGCCACGCCUCCUCUUUCCGGUGGCAGUAACACUACACGGCCUAUCGAAUCACCCGGCAGACCUCCCCUUUCUGUUCAUGCACGAUCUACUAUUUCGGUUGGAAAUGAUGUAGGUUCAGAGACGGGCUCGCAGCUUCCCACAAGCCCUGCGGUUUCGAGAACUAUAGAUCCUAAGCGAUGGAGUCCAACCAAAUCUACCUGGUUGGAGAGCGCGCUGAAUAGGCCAGAGUCUCCAAGACACAAAAAGCAACCUUCACAACAACUGUCUUGGACUAGAGAUCGGCAAUCAAAGGGUAGUGUCGAUUUGGGCCGGAAGAAUAGCUUCAAGGAAGUUACUCCCGUAGGUCUAAUGCGGACUACUGCUCCUGGUGGUCAUUCAAAGAGUUCAAGUGUCUCCGGAAUCCCUGACAUCUUCACUUCUCAGGACUCCAAUGAGUCUAAAGAUGAGCCAGAAAACAAUAAAGCUUCAGAGACUCAAGAUAGCAACGCAUCUGCUGGGGACAAAACUUCGAGCACUUCUACAGAUGUAGGUGUCGAACUGCAAAGCACAGAGGAUGAUUCCACCAAACGCUCACAAGCACCACCGUCCCUUCUCCUCACCCAGAAAAGGGUUGAUUCGCCUCUCUCGUCUCCUCACGUCCCUCUGCUGAACAGACCGAAACCUAAAUCUCCUGUAAUAGAUUUCCGAGCCAACCUCCGACGACGAGAGGUUGUCAAAGAUGAGUCACGCAAGGAAGAGCCGGAAUUCAAGAAUAUCUUUGGAAAGCUGAAGAAAACGGAGACUUCAAAUUAUGUCGCGCCCGACAAGCUCAAGGAAAACAUACUGAGAGGCAAAGCGUCACUCAGCACGACCGGCGGACCAAAGAAAUCGCAACGGGUUGACGAGCUGAAAGAAAGUAUUUUGAAACAGAAGGAAGCCAUGAAAGCGGGCGGGGGCUCGUUGAGACGGAAUACUGCCGGGGAAUUGGACGCUCCUCCCACUGCUGUGCCAGAAGCCAUCGCAAAACGGAAGAAUUUGACCAAGUCCAGCAGUGUCAAUAAUGAUCUCUCCCUAGAUACACCAACUUCGCCUUCCCCCGAAGAAUCUGAGACGCCGCAGAUUUCACAAGAUACUCAACCCUCACCCCUACCCUUUCAAGAGCAAAUGGACUGGGAUAGAUAUCCCGUUACGCAAGUUGCAACUGCGGAAGAACCAAAGCCUGAUACAAAUUAUACUCAAACCGAGACUGCGGAACCUGGGCCUUUCAACAGCGAAAAGAACGACCAAAGCGCGGGGGAUCGAGUGGAAAACAAAAUUGACAAAUCGAUAUUGGAUAAAAACCAGGAAAUUUCAGGAGAGAAAGCCAUCAAACCGGUGCGUGCUUUGCCAUCGGACACUGUUGCGGAGGCAAUAAAUACGCCCGCUGCGAAUGAAGACCCCUCUGCUAAAGGUAAACUUGCAGGGCGAAUAAAUCCUGCCUUAGCGGGCCUCUUAUCUCGAGGUCCACCCGUUGCAGUGAAUGGGUCGGGGAAAACGCUCCCAACGAAUGCCUCUAAAGAGAAUGGUACAGACUUGUCUAAGCAUACCGCGCCACUUACGCAUGCAACAAAAAACCGUGCGAGAGGCCCGAAGAGGCGACUACCGAAGGCUACCACAACAAAGGCUCCAGAGUCUAACCCCGAAGACAAUAUAAAACCUCAGGAAGAGUCCCCCCAGCCCUCUAUUAGUAGCAAGGGCCCAGAAGCCAGCAGUUCUUCGUAUUCCAGCGGCUGGCCACUUCCUGAUGGAGACAUUGCUACGCCAAUUUCUUCAGAAAAAGGGUUGACUCAGCUUUCACCCUCAACCAUGAACAAGCCCACGGAAUUUAAAAGGACUAUUCCAAGCACGUGUGAAAGAGACAUUAAGACAAAAUCUGAGGGCCACGACUCAGACACUUCUCCGAGAUUAAAUAAAUGCAUUCCAUACCUCCAAAAAACACCUGUCGAAAACCUGGACAGUCUGGAAGGCUCUCCGUCAAGCAGACCAACUCCCCCGUCGAAAUCUACCGCCCCCUCGACGCCCAUUGUCGGUCAGGCGCGAGGCUCGCAGAUCCAAUACUCGUCACCAUCCCCAUCCCCUUUGAGGACAAGCUUCAAAGAAAACCAGAUCUACCCACCGCCAUCCCCUUACCGGAAGACGACUAGUGGCAUUGGAUUUCCCUGGUCAAAGGACUCAUCCCCGCGAGACAAAGCCUUGCCAUCGCCCCCUGUUCCCCCCAAGAAUAACCAACCCGCUGAUCAGCUUUCGUCACCGAGAUCUUCGGCCUCACUUGUUCCCCAGGCCGGUGAAUCGUUGGAGGCUAUUUCCGCUUUCUUCAAGACGUUCCCGAGCUCCAGCAACCGUGUGGACAUUGACCCGCAGUUAAUGCUAGAAAGUAAACCUGACAACCAGAAAAUCAGGACACUGAAGAAGCAGAUGUGGGAGAUCACAGGAGACGGCAAGCGACAGGAUCUUCCAGUACACCAAGAAUACAUUCUCUAUGAGGGGAGCAUGUAUUUGUGUGUACACUUGUUCGAAGCAGACGGCAGCAUACGGUCUGAAACAUAUCUUUGGUGCGGUGAUGAUGUUUCCGACUCCGCAAUCGACGAUGCGCAGGCGUUUUCACGGAAGGUGGCCAGGGAAAAUGGCUGCAAGCUUGAAAUCAUCAAGCAGGGCAAGGAAACCUCCCGCUUUAUCCAAGCCCUUGGUGGCAUACUCAUCACACGCCGUGGUUCCAGCUCCCGGUCCAGUUCUUCUGCAAUUUUUAUGCUCUGCGGACGGAAGCAUCUGGGCCAGAUGGUAUUCGACGAGGUGGAUUUCUCGCGCCGUAACCUGUGCACGGGCUAUCCUUUUGUGAUUUCUGCCAUGUUUGGCAAACUGUAUCUGUGGAAGGGCAAAGGCAGUACUGCGGAAGAGAUCGGAGCAGCCCGUCUCAUUGGCAUGGACCUUGGCCUCACUGGCGAGUUCGAAGAGGUGGGUGAGGGAGAAGAACCCGAAAGUUUUUUCGAGGUGUUCCCUCCAUAUGCGGAAACCGGUGAUUACAUGGACGCGCACUAUUGGCGGCUGAAGCCCAACCAUGACCAUUUUCGCCUACGGCUCCUCCGUGUAGACCACGAGCUUGGCCAGCGAUCAGGAUUCUGGUUACGGCGAUCAGGCUCGUCGUCGCCCGUGAUCCGACCCAACGAUACAGUCCAGGAAGUUGAGCCUUUCCGUCAGAAAGAUAUCACUGGGAAAGGAAUCUUCGUUCUCGACGUCUUCUUUGAGAUCUACGUAAUUGUUGGUGAACAGGCAUCGAAUCGACCAGCUGAGUUUGCCUCCGCCGUGGUCUUUGCCCACGAAUAUGGCAUCCUUGCUGCAUCCCUCCAGGAUCGACCAUUCAUCCCUAAGAGUUAUGUCUCGGUUGGAGGACUCCCGGAUUCCUGUCGCAGUGCGUUCCGUAAAUGGGAACCACGUUUACCGUCGACACCUCCUCCACGAGUCUUUCCUUUAAAUGCUGCUAUUGAAGCCAUUCGAACUUGA